AUGAAACUCUUAAGCUGGAAUGCACGGGGUUUGGGGAACCCGAGUGCGUUCCGUCGUCUUAGAUUGCUUAUUUCUGAGCAAUCUCCUCAGGUGUUGUUUCUUAUGGAAACUAAGUUGUGUGAUGGUGCUCUUUCUCGUUUUAAAAAUAGUUUGAAUUAUUGUAAUGGUCUAGAAGUUCCUCGGGUUGGUUUGAAGGGUGGUAUUAUGUUAUUGUGGCAAGAUGGUGUGGAUGUAACUUUGUUAUCAAUGAAUACAAAUCACUUUGAUUGUUAUGUGUUGUUUGAGGAUGGCCCUCGUUGGCAUUUUUCUGCUAUUUAUGGUUUUCCUGAAAGUAUAAAUAAAAAACAUACCUGGGCUUUAAUUCGAAGACUUGCUGAUGUUUCUCCACUUGAUCCAUGGCUCUUAAUUGGGGAUCUUAAUGAAAUUUUCUCUGCUGACCAUAAAAGUUGUGGCCCUCUUCGACAUGAUAACCAAAUGCAAGCAUUUCGUACAACUUUGGACCAAUGUUUUUUGAAUGCCUUACCAGCUGUUGGUGAUGAUUUUACUUGGGCUAAGAAUAGAAAAAAUCCUACUGCUUUGAAGGAGAGACUUGAUUGGUGUUUUAUUAAUCGUGAGUGGAAGGACAAUUUGUUAAACCCAAUAUUGACUCAUUUGGAUUAUUUUGGUUCGGAUCAUAGAGUUCUAAGUGUGGAUAUAACUUUCUCUCAACAACACAAUCCUGUUAUAAGGAAGAAAUCUCGUUUUCGCUUUGAGAAGAUUUGGUUGAAAGAUGAAGAGUGUGCUGAUAUAAUUUCCAACUGCUGGUUUUCUGCAGAACUUACUGAUCCAACGGCUGGUUUGGUAUCACGUUUGCAGCAGUGUGCCUCUCGUUUGCAAGAGUGGCACUAUAGGAAAUAUGGUAAGAUGAAGAAGAAUAUUUCUCAUGCUCAAAAACGUGUGAACCGGCUGAACUCUGCUGCAACAACGUCACAAAAUCACUCUCAGGAGGUUCAAUCGGCUGAGAAAAUUUUGGAGGAGUUGUUGGCCAAUGAAGAACAAUAUUGGCAACAAAGAUCUCGGGUUGAGUGGCUGCAAUCGGGAGAUAGAAACACCAAAUUCUUUCAUUCAAAAGCCUCCGCGAGGCAAUCUAAUAAUCGAAUUAAAGAACUGGUGGAUGCUGAUGGCAAUGUUACCACUUCAAAGGAGGGUAUUUCUCAUAUUGUUGUUGAUUAUUUUACUCGACUCUUUACUGCUUCGGAAGAGGACCAUUGGGCUCUAUCCCAUGUUUUGUCUACAAUUCCAACAACUAUUUCAGUUCAGCAAAAUGAGUUUUUGUUACAUGACUUCACUGCUUCGGAUGUGUUGGCUGCUCUGAAUACAAUGGGUUCUGAUAAAAGUCCUGGUUUAGAUGGCAUGUCAGCAAUGUUUUAUCAACAUUAUUGGCAUAUUGUGGGUGAUUCGGUGACUAAGGUGAUCCUGAAUGUCUUAAAUCAUGGAGAAAGUCCAGCUGCCUUCAACAACACGUUAAUCACUUUGAUUCCGAAAAUUAAAAAACCAAAAGAGAUGAAAGAUUUUCGCCCAAUUAGUCUAUGCAAUGUCCUUUACAAGAUUAUUUCAAAGAUGCUGGCGUUGCGUUUCAAAGAAGUUCUUCAUUCAGUUAUCUCGGAGACUCAAAGUGCUUUUCUUUCUAAUAGAUUGAUCACAGACAAUAUACUUGUGGCUUUUGAGUUGGUGCAUAGUCUCAAACACCGAAAGCGAGGAUCUAAAGGUUAUGCAGCCCUCAAAUUGGAUAUGAGCAAAGCAUUUGACAGAGUUGAAUGGUCUUUUUUGGCUGCAGUAAUGGGCAAGAUGGGAUUCAACAUACGAUGGAUUAAUUUGAUUAUGACAUGCCUUCACACAAACUCUUUCUCUUUUGUUAUUAAUGGAGAAGUUUCAGGUUCAGUCAUACCUCAAAGAGGCCUUCGUCAGGGAGAUCCCCUCUCACCGUAUCUCUUUCUUAUUUGUUCAGAGGGACUAUCUAGGCUGCUCAAAUACGAAGAAAACAUUGGUCGGCUACAAGGAUUGGCAGUUUCUCGUCAUUCGCCUACAAUUUCUCACUUGUUGUUUGCGGAUGACAAUCUUUUGUUUUGUCAAGCAAAUGACAGAUCCUGUGGAGCUAUUAAAAGAGCUCUUGAUAUUUAUCAUCGAGCUUCGGGGCAAGAAUUGAAUACUGAAAAAUCGGUGAUGUCUUUUUCACCCAAUACUCCAAUGGUCGUUCAAAACUCUUUCCAACAAAUUUUGGGCAUGCCAAUUUGCGAAUGUCAUGAAACUUACUUGGGCUUACCUGCUUAUAGUGAACGCGACAAAUCUCAAUUGUUUAGCCAUAUAAAAGAGAAGAUAUGGAAGCUUAUGCAUGCUUGGAAUGAUAAGAUUUUUUCAAUAGGAGGCAAAGAGGUAUUAUUGAAAGCUGUUGUCCAAUCGAUUCCCACCUAUGCUAUGAGUUGUUUUCGCCUAUCAAAAAAGUUUUGUAAUGAAGUUGAGGCUAUGAUGGCGAGAUUUUGGUGGGGAUCUUCCACAGACAAUAAGAAAAUUCAUUGGAAGAAGUGGAAAUUUCUUUGCAAGUCUAAGGGUGAUGGUGGUAUGGGUUUUAGAUCUUUUGUGCAUUUUAAUCAAGCUUUACUGGCUAAACAAGCUUGGCGUAUUUUUCAACAACCAAAUAGCUUGCUAAGUCGUGUUUUAAAAGGUCGUUAUUACCCUCAUACUGAAUUUAUGACAGCUUCAGCAAAUGGUCUGGGUUCUUUGACUUGGCAGGGAAUAGUUUGGGGUAGGGAAUUGUUAGCAAAAGGAUUAAGGUUGAAAGUGGGUACUGGCCUGUCUAUUGCUUGUGGUACAGAUUCAUGGAUUCCAGGCCAUGAUAACUUCAAGGCUUUUUGUUAUUAUGGUCCAUCUUCAAAUCAUGUCUCGGAUUACAUUACAGCAGAUAGAGAGUGGAAUAUUGCCCUUUUGCAAGCUGACUUUUCACCACCAGAUGUUGAUCGUAUUCUUACCAUUCCCUUAUCUUACAAUGCUGUUCAAGACAGGUGGAUUUGGCAUCAUGAUGUAUCGGGUGAUUAUUCAGUAAGUACAGGAUAUCAUUUUGCAAGCUCUUCGGAAGAAAGAGAAAUCUCUACUGGUUCUAAUACACAGAAUACAUGGUGGAAGACUUUUUGGAGCUAUAAUUUGCCUGCUAAGGUCAAAAUAUUUGGUUGGCGAGUGAUACAAUCUUCAAUACCUGUUGCUAAAUCCCUGUUUCAUAAGAAAGUCCUAACUUCAGCAACCUGUUCUUUGUGUCAAACCGCAUGGGAAACAAUAGGACAUGCUUUGUUUUCGUGCUGUCAUGCUAAAGAAGUCUGGAAGUUAUCUGGUUUUUCUUUCAACUUUCAUAGUGCACAUCGAAUGCAGGAUGGGGAUUAUUUGAUGUAUCUAUCCUCUCUGCAUACUAAAUUGGAGAUGGAAAGAAUUUUGUGUGUCAUGUGGUUUAUAUGGUCUGAUCGAAACAACUUUAUUCAUGGUAAAAACACUAAAGGACCUGUUAAUUUAUUGUCACAAGUUGAUGCCUAUUUGCAGCAAUACCAGAUCACAAACCAGGCUGCAUUACAGCAUACUGGUGGGCAUACAAGUUCUGCAACUUCUGCUGGUUCACCAAAUAUUGGUUUUCCUACCAAUUCUCAAGCUGCUGUUGUUAAGUGGCAUGCUCCCCCAGAGAACAAAAUCAAAAUGAAUGUGGAUGCGGCAAUUGAUACUUCGAGGAGCAAAAUUGGUAUUGGUGUUAUUAUACGAAUCAAAUGGACAGGUGCUUGCUGCAAUGUCUAA